CCAAAACCCCAACUCUAUACAAUACAUACAACAACAAAAAUCAAAAUGGCUAACCUCAACAAAAUGGACAUGGAUCGGAUCAAGGGUCCAUGGAGCCCCGACGAGGACGACCUCCUCCAGCGCCUCGUCCAGAAGCACGGCCCCCGAAACUGGUCCUUGAUCAGCAAAUCCAUCCCCGGCCGCUCCGGCAAGAGCUGCCGCCUCCGCUGGUGCAACCAGCUCUCCCCUCAGGUCGAGCACCGCGCCUUCACCCCCGACGAGGACGACACCAUCAUCCGCGCCCACGCCCGCUUCGGCAACAAGUGGGCCACCAUCGCCCGCCUCCUCUCCGGCCGCACCGACAACGCUAUCAAAAACCACUGGAAUUCCACCCUCAAGCGCAAGUCCUCCUCCUUCACCUCCGACGACGCUCCUCCUUUUAAGAGAUCCGCCAGCGCCGGCUCCGCGCCUACCUAUUUCCCCCCGCCCAGCCCCUCCGCCUCCGAUUCUAUUUCUACUCACACCAGCUUCUUCCCCGAUCCGCCUACUGGUCUUACUCUCUCACUCCCCGGAAUUGAGCCCAGCACCGACUCACCUUCUAAUUCCCCCAAAAUUAGCCCUAAUUCUAUCCAAUUGGCGCCGACUGAGGCCAAUUCGGUGGCGUUCACCGCGGAACUGAUGGGGGUGAUGCAGGAGAUGAUUAGGGCGGAGGUGAGGAAUUACAUGGUUGGAUUGGAGGAGCAGAGGGAGAAGCAGCAUAAUCGGCUUUUUCUUCAUCACCAGCAGCAGAAGCAGUUUCAGUUUCAGCAGAUGUGUGUGAAUGUGAAUGAGGGAUUUAGGAAUGCGGCGGCGGCGAUCGGAAUCAGCAGAGUUGAUUGAUUUGAUUGGUUUAUGUGUUUGUUUUUUAGCGAUGGGGGAAUCGGAGAGAGAAGAAGCAGGAAACGUUCUCCGUUUUCGGAAUUUUAGAUUUCGGAAAAAAUGGCCAAAAUAUUAAAUAAUUUUUGGUUAUUGUACAGUUGGAGUGUCAUCUAAAAACAGAAAAUUACAGCUUGAAAAAAGAAAAAAAAAGGGAAAUUAAGUAAAUAAGUUUGUCCUAUUCA